UUUUGAAUAGUUUUAAAAAUACUCUCGUAACAGUAAGAAAUAUUGGCGUUACGACAACGAUAAUGCCAAUCUUCACAAAAUAUUUUAUCAGCGAAAAGUUACACAAGGUGCCCGUGUCCCUAAUAUGAGUUUCCUGCUUAAUUUCUUCAGGAAUAUCAUGCACAAUAUCUUACAAUUGCUUCGUUUCGGCCAGAAAACGAUCACUAAUAAAUUGAGCAUCUACAUCAAAACAAAUACAGGACGUUCUUUGGCUGUCGAUCUGAAUCCGAAAUGGGACAUCAAAGAAGUCAAAGAAUUUGUAGCACCGCAAUUAGGUUUACUUCCGGAUGAAGUAAAAAUUAUUUUCGCUGGAAAGGAACUGGGCGACAAUAUUAUAAUUGAGGAAUGCGAUCUGGGAGAACAAAGUAUUUUGCAUGCUGUAAGAGCACGUCCUCGGAAAUUGAAACAAGAUAAACGUGAUCUUGAGCACAAUGUCAUACAGGAGUCAACCGACGAAAGUAGCUCCUCAAAACCAUUCUCUCAGACCUUAGUGGACCUGCAAUUGGAACAUGAUGAUCGGGAAAACAUUAGUGAUGAACAGAAGGAACGUUCCAAAGCACACUUCUACAUCCAUUGCUCACAAUGCAACGAACUUUGCCCGGGUAAAUUGAGAGUUCGCUGCUCGAAAUGCAAAGGCGGCGCCUUCACUGUUCAUCAAGAUCCUGAAUGUUGGGACGAUGUAUUAAAACCACGUCGUAUCCGUGGUUGUUGUGAGAGUCACGAAAUAGCCUGUGUGGACACGGAUCAGGGUGACUUACCAUUUGCCGAAUUCUACUUCAAGUGUGCCAAACAUUCGUCUGGUGGGGAAUUCGAUUUUGCAGCUCCAUUGAACCUUAUCAAAAUUAACAUAAGAAAUGUGCCUUGCCUUGCGUGCACCGAUGUUUUGGAAACAGUCCUAGUAUUUCCAUGCUCAUCGGGUCACGUCACUUGUCUGGACUGCUUCCGACAAUACUGCUUGUCACGGCUGAUGGAUCGUCAAUUCAUAUUCCAUCCAGAUGUUGGUUACACGUUAACUUGUCCGGCUGGUUGUAGUGAUUCGUUCAUUGAGGAAAUUCAUCACUUCAAAUUGCUAACUCAAGAACAAUAUGAUCGAUAUCAGCGUUUCGCUACCGAAGAAUUCGUUUUACAAUCGGGAGGUGUGUUGUGUCCACAACCGGAUUGUGGCAUGGGUUUAUUGGUGGACGACGAUUGUCAGAAAGUGGUGUGUCAACAGGGAUGUGGUUUCGUUUUUUGCAAAAAUUGUCUUCAAGGGUAUCACCUUGGUGAAUGUUUGCCGGAAGGUUCGACACCAGCUAGUGCCGGUAGUUGCCUGUAUGCCGUUGAUCCGGAGAGAGCUGCUGAUGCCAGAUGGGACGAAGCGUCAAAAGUUACCAUCAAAGUUAUUUCGAAGCCUUGUCCGCAAUGUCGAACACCAACUGAACGAGCAGGUGGUUGCAUGCACAUGGUUUGUACGCGCUCUGGAUGCGGAUUUGAAUGGUGCUGGGUGUGUCAAACGGAAUGGACCAGAGAUUGUAUGGGCGCUCAUUGGUUCGGUUAGAGUAACUUGUGGCCCUUGUGGCUGAUGAAGAUGUGACUGAUAAAGUGGAAAUAAAUUAACUCAACGAAAACGUUUCUUUUUCUUUUAUUUGAGUCCGG